GAUCACUGGUCUGAUGACACAUAUUCUUGACACCUUGUCUCCCUUCAGGUCUCUACAGGACUUGUCCAGACAGACAGAGUUGCCUUAUGGUACAGUAUACGACUCUGCAGUUUAUGAUCAAGUCCAUGCCAAGGCUCUGAACCCCUUUGAGAGAGACCCGAUGUACGCCCAGAUGUGGCGAAUGAUUAACCACACAGGAGGAGUGGACAAUAACGUUGAGGAGUCCAGAGAAGGUAUUCUGAAGGUGAAGUUUGGGCGGUUUGGUUUUGUCUGGGAUGCAGCCGUGCUGGACUAUGUGGCUAAUAAUGACGAGGACUGUGCCUUCUACACAGUUAGUAGCAACUCACCAGACCGCGGAUAUGGUAUUGCCAUGCAACACGGCAGCCCCUACAGGGACAUUUUCUCCCAGAGGUAAGAGUGGCUACAGUAAACAGCACUCAGCAGCAUCCUUGAAUGCUUUUGUUUGUUAUGUAAGGCACAUUUUACAUGAAUAAUAAUUGGGCCAUCACUUUGGUUUCUCACUACUUAUCUCUGUGCUAACCUGAGUUUUAGGUCAAGAAAGUUUUUAAGGUUUUAUAAGAACUGUGAAAAACUGCAAAAAUAAAUAAUAUAUAUAUAUAUAUACAUUUAUAUAUACAGUAUAUAGUAUGGCA